AUGGCCCACCACUCCGACCAGGCAGACGCCAGAGGCCUGCCGCAGAUAACCAUCGAGAUUCCCGAUGGUGAUGAGAACAACGACAACAACAACAACAACAACAACGCAACACCCCCACCAAUGGACUCUCCGGAAACAGCAAUUUCGCCCUCCAACCUCAGCGCCACACCAGCCGGCGGUCAACGCGACCGAGCCAUGAGCGGCAGCACCCUGGGAGCCCCACCGAGUCCGCACCUGGCGCCACCAAAGUCUGGGGGCGCUUCCAUCACCAGCAGCUGCGGCAACAGCCUGUUCUCGUCGUACGAGGAGCAACAGGACGCCUUGAAGCCGGACCCGGGCGCCGAGGACGACUUCCACGUCGACGACAACGCCUUCGCCUUCUCGCCCGGCCAGCUCAACAAGCUGCUGAACCCCAAGUCCAUCCCGGCCUACGUCGCCCUGGGCGGGCUCGCCGGCAUCGAGCGGGGGCUGCGGACCGACCGUGCCGCCGGCUUGAGCGUCGACGAGACGACGCUUGCCGGCUCCGUCAGCUUCGAGCUCGCCACCAAGGCUGCUUCUUCUCCGUUGGCCGACAAGGACGCCGUCGAUGCCAGUACCGAGUCCGCCACGGCCACGGCUACAGCUACGGCUGGCACCGCCCACGGCCCGGCGGCCGAGUCGGAUGCCUUCCACGACCGGGUCCGCGUGUUCAAGCGCAACGUGCUGCCGGCCAAGAAGCCGACGCCGCUGUGGAAGCUGAUGUGGCUCGCGUACAACGACAAGGUGUUGAUCCUGCUGACUGCCGCCGCCGCCAUCUCGCUCGCCCUGGGCCUGUACGAGACGUUCGGGGUCGAGCACCCGCCGGACGCGCCCAUGCCGGUCGACUGGAUCGAGGGGUGCGCCAUCUGCAUCGCCAUCGUCAUCGUCGUGCUCGUCGGCGCGCUGAACGACUACCAGAAGGAGCGGGCCUUCGUGCGGCUGAACACCAAGAAGGAGGACCGGGAGGUCAAGGUGAUCCGCUCGGCCAAGUCGUUCCAGAUGUCGGUGCACGACGUGCUGGUGGGCGACGUCGUGCACCUGGAGCCGGGCGACCUGAUCCCGGCCGACGGCAUCUUCAUCGCCGGCCACAACCUCAAGUGCGACGAGUCGUCGGCCACGGGCGAGUCGGACCAGAUGAAGAAGACGGGCGGCGACCAGGUGAUGCGGCUGCUCGAGCAGGGCCGCGGCCAGGCCAAGCACCAGGACCUCGACCCCUUCAUCAUCUCGGGCAGCAAGGUGCUCGAGGGCGUGGGCACCUACCUCGUCACCUCGGUCGGCGUCAACUCCAGCUACGGCAAGAUCCUCAUGGCCAUGCGCCAGGACCCCGAGCCCACGCCCCUGCAGGUCAAGCUGGACGGGCUCGCGGGCGCCAUCGCCAAGCUGGGCAGCAGUGCCGCCGCCUUCCUGUUCUUCGUGCUGCUGUUCCGCUUCCUGGGCACGCUGCCGGGGAGCGAGCUGACGGCCAACGAGAAGGCGUCCAAGUUCAUGGACAUCCUCAUCGUCGCCAUCACCGUCAUCGUCGUCGCCGUGCCCGAGGGCCUCCCGCUCGCCGUCACCCUGGCCCUGGCCUUCGCCACCACCCGGCUCGUGAAGCUGAACAACCUGGUGCGCAUCCUCAAGUCGUGCGAGACCAUGGGCAACGCCACCACCGUGUGCUCCGACAAGACCGGCACCCUCACCCAGAACAAGAUGACCGUCGUGACCGGCACCUUUGGCGACGACUCGUUCGACGACAAGAACCAACGCGGCGACGAGCGCCGCUCCACCGCCUUCGCCAGGGACCUGCUGCCCGAGCACCGCCGCAUGCUCGUCGAGUCCAUCGCCAUCAACUCGACCGCCUUCGAGGGCGAAGAGGGCGGAGUCGAGGGCUUCGUCGGGUCCAAGACGGAGACGGCGCUGCUCGGCUUCGCCAAGAAGGUGCUGGCCAUGGGCUCGCUGAGCGAGGAGCGCGCCAACGCCCAGGUCGCCCAGCUGAUGCCCUUCGACUCGGGCCGCAAGUGCAUGGGCGCCGUGCAGAAGCUCCCCAACGGCCACUUCCGCUUCCUGGUCAAAGGCGCCUCCGAGAUCCUGCUCGGCUACAGCUCCAGCCUGCUGACCGCCGCCGCCGGCCAGGUGCCCCUGGACCAGGACCGUCGCUCGCGCUUCGAAGCCGUCAUCAACAGCUACGCCGAGCAAUCCCUCCGCACCAUCGCCCUCGUCACCAAGGACUUCCCCCAAUGGCCGCCCGCGGGCGCCGCCUCCGACGACGACCCCACCACGGCCAACGUCGACCUCGUCCUCAAGGACAUGACGCUCCUCGGCGUCGUCGGCAUCCAGGACCCCAUCCGGCCCGGCGUGCCCGAGGCGGUGGCCCGGUGCCAGCACGCCGGCGUCUGCGUCCGCAUGGUGACGGGCGACAACGUCGUCACGGCCAAGGCCAUCGCCACCGACUGCGGCAUCUACACCGACGGCCUCGUCAUGGAGGGGCCCGAGUUCCGCACGCUGUCCGACGAGCGCAUGACCGAGAUGCUGCCGCGGCUGCAGGUCCUGGCCCGCUCGUCGCCCGAGGACAAGCGCAUCCUCGUGACCAAGCUGCGCUCCAUGGGCGACAUCGUCGCCGUCACGGGCGACGGCACCAACGACGGGCCCGCGCUCAAGGCGGCCGACAUCGGCUUCUCCAUGGGCAUCGCCGGCACCGAGGUGGCCAAGGAGGCGUCGGCCAUCAUCCUGAUGGACGACAACUUUGCGAGCAUCCUCACCGCGCUGAUGUGGGGCCGCGCCGUCAACGACGCCGUCCGCAAGUUCCUGCAGUUCCAGCUGACGGUCAACAUCACGGCCGUCAUCCUGACCUUUGUGUCGUCCGUGUCCGACUCGGAGAUGCGGUCCGUCCUCACCGCCGUGCAGCUGCUCUGGAUCAACCUCAUCAUGGACUCCCUCGCCGCCCUCGCCCUCGCCACCGACCCGCCCACCGAAGACAUCCUCAACCGCAAACCACCCCCCCGCCACGCGCCCCUCAUCUCCCCCACAAUGUGGAAGAUGAUCAUCGGCCAAGCCCUCUUCCAGCUCGCCGUGACGCUGAUCCUCCACUUCGGCGGCCCGCGCUUCCUCUCCUACCCGGACGCCCAGCUCCGCAGCGUCGUCUUCAACGCCUUCGUCUGGAUGCAGAUCUUCAACAUGCUCAACAACCGCCGCCUCGACAACGGCGCCAACGUGCUCGCCGGCGCCCACCGCAACGUCUUCUUCCUCGCCAUCGUCCUGCUCAUGGUCGGCUGCCAGGUCGCGAUUGCGUUCGUCGGCGGGAAAGCGUUUAGUAUUGUGCGGCUGAAUGGCGCCCAGUGGGCCAUUUCGAUCGUCGUGGCGGCGCUGUGUUUGCCGUGGGCGGUGGUCGUGAGGGCGUUUCCGGACGCGUGGUUCGAGGUCGUGGCGCGGUGGGUGGGGGCGCCCGUGUUGGCCGUGUAUCGGCCGCUGAGGAGCGCGAUGGGGAGGGUGGGGCGGGCGGUUAAGAGGCUUUUUGGGUGCGGGAAGAAGGACGGGGAGGAGGAGGAGGAGGACGGCGGCGAGAGUGGGGUACAGGGUGGUGGUGGUGAUCCGGAGAAGGGGGUUGGUGCCAAGUAG